CGGAAAAACAGACUCUCGGAGCCGCAAAUGGGGAAGACGGAUUCUCAGACAAGGCUUGCGGAUGCCCCGCAGCCAUCAUUUAACUGCGCCCGCAGAGCAGUUACGGUUUGUCACCCGAGCCUCCAGGAUCGCCUCGUUUGUCCCUAGUGAGACCCCGAGGCUCUGCCCGCGCCGGGCUUGUCGGUAGCUGGAUGCUUGUCUUGCUCUGGGCAGCGCGGGCGCAGGGCACGCGUUCGCGCACACCCGCGCACACACGAAAUCGCGCAAGAGCUGAACCGAGCCCGGUUUCCAUUUCAAAAAAGGAGACAGCCUCUACUGCGACGAUAGAAGAGACAGCGGUGUGAAGUAGGGACUGAGAGGCGUCGAGCGGUGGAACGGUCCAUCUCGGAGACUAAUUUUCUGGAGUUUCUGCCCCUGCUCUGCGUCAGCCCUCACGUCACUUCGCCAGCAGUAGCAGAGGCGGCGGCGGCGGCGGCGGCGGCGGCUCCCGGAAUUGGGUUGGAGCAGGAGCCUCGCUCGCUCCUUCGCUCGCGCUCUCCGCGCUCAGUGCCCGGCGGCAGGAGGAGCCUGCACCCAGGCGCCGCGGGCGGGCGGUAGGCGCCGGAGCCCGGGUGAGCAGCGCGGACAGUGCCCUCCGGCGUCUCGGCCCUCGCUGUCACCCCCACCCCCCGGGACGGCCGUGGCGGCUCCCCAGCCCCGAGGUGCGUCCCGGAUCCCAGUGCGCGUCUAGCAAGGAGCCUGCGUCCCGGGGAGUGCCGGCAGCGCCGCGGGCCGGUGCUCGGCGCGCCGGGCCAUGCAGCGGCGGCCGCGGCGGAGCUCCGAGCGGCGGUAGCGCCCCCUGUGAGGCGGCCCGAGAUGCCCCGGCCACUGUGAACGGUGCCGCCCGCCAGGACACGCUCAGCCCCGGACACGCUCGGCUCUGCGCGCCCGCGACAGGCACCGGGGCGAGGGAGCGGCGAGCGCGGCACAGGCCGCCCAAGCAGGGGCAGGGGAGGCCGGCCGGUGCAGCGCGCCGACACGUACUCAGUCCGACUCGGGCUGGCACUGGCGGCUAGGGAUGUCGUCCUGGACGAGGUGGCAUGGACCCGCCAUGGCGCGGCUCUGGGGCUUCUGCUGGCUGGUUGUGGGCUUCUGGAGGGCCGCUCUCGCCUGUCCCACGUCCUGCAAAUGCAGCGCCUCUCGGAUCUGGUGCAGCGACCCUUCUCCGGGCAUCGUGGCGUUUCCGAGGUUGGAGCCUAACAGUGCAGACCCUGAGAACAUCACCGAAAUCUACAUUGCCAAUCAGAAAAGGUUGGAAAUCAUCAACGAAGAUGACGUUGAAGCUUAUGCAGGACUGAAAAAUCUGACAAUCGUGGAUUCUGGAUUAAAAUUUGUGGCUCAUAAAGCGUUUCUGAAAAACAGCAACUUACAGCACAUCAAUUUUACCCGAAAUAAACUGAUGAGCUUGUCUAGGAAACAUUUUCGUCACCUUGACUUGUCUGAGCUGAUCCUGGUGGGCAAUCCAUUUACAUGCUCCUGUGACAUUAUGUGGAUCAAGACUCUUCAGGAGACUAAAUCCAGCCCAGAAACUCAGGAUUUGUACUGCCUAAAUGAAAACAGCAAGAAUAUUCCCCUGGCAAACCUGCAGAUACCCAAUUGUGGUUUGCCAUCAGCAAAUUUGGCUGCACCCAACCUCACUGUGGAGGAGGGAAAGUCUAUCACAUUAUCUUGUAGCGUUGCAGGCGAUCCAGUUCCGAAUUUGUACUGGGAUGUCGGUAAUCUGGUUUCCAAACAUAUGAAUGAAACAAGCCACACACAGGGCUCCUUAAGGAUAACUAACAUUUCAUCUGAUGACAGUGGAAAGCAAAUCUCCUGUGUGGCAGAAAAUCUUGUAGGAGAAGACCAAGAUUCUGUGAACCUCACUGUACAUUUUGCUCCAACUAUCACAUUUCUCGAAUCUCCAACCUCAGACCACCACUGGUGCAUUCCAUUCACUGUGAAAGGCAACCCCAAACCAGCGCUUCAGUGGUUCUAUAACGGGGCCAUAUUGAAUGAGUCCAAAUACAUCUGUACUAAAAUCCAUGUUACCAAUCACACGGAGUACCAUGGCUGCCUCCAGCUGGAUAAUCCCACUCACAUGAACAAUGGGGACUACAAGUUAGUAGCCAAGAAUGAGUAUGGGAAGGAUGAGAAACAGAUUUCUGCUCACUUCAUGGGCUGGCCUGGAAUCGAUGAUGGUGCCAACCCAAAUUAUCCUGAUGUAAUUUAUGAAGAUUAUGGGACUGCAGCAAAUGACAUUGGGGACACCACGAACAGAAGUAACGAAAUCCCUUCCACAGAUGUUGCUGACAAAAGCGGUCGGGAACAUCUCUCGGUCUAUGCUGUGGUGGUAAUUGCGUCUGUGGUGGGAUUUUGUCUGCUGGUGAUGCUGUUUCUGUUGAAGUUGGCAAGACACUCCAAGUUUGGCAUGAAAGGUUUUGUUUUGUUUCAUAAGAUCCCACUGGAUGGGUAGCUGAAAUAAAGGCAAAGACAGAGAAGGGGGCUGUGGUGCUUGUUGGUUGAUGCUGCCUUGUAAGCCGGACUCUUGGGACGGGCGUUGGCUUCUCCCGGGAGGGGCCGCUUAGCUGGGGGUUUUCUGGUAGCUGUGGGUGGUGUUUGCAGGACGUCCUGUGUGAAGCCUGCGGCUGUCCUGAGCUCUGUCUGGGGAGCCCCGCUGCAGAGGCAGCUCCCAGGCUGCUAAGCAAACACUCAAGAAAACAUCUUAAAUUAAUGCUUCUCUUUUGUUCUUGCAAUUGUUCAAAUACGAAAUUGACAUGGGAUUCCAUUGGCUUUGCUUCUCUUCUGAAAGGAGUGCUCCUUGACCAUACUGGAAAUGUAAUGAUUCUUACUGUUUCUGUUCAUUAAAGGUGAAGUACAAAGUUUAAAAAAAAAAAAAAUCUAAGUUUAGGGACAGGUAUAAGAACACACUAAACAGCCUAACCUCCACGUAACACGUAGUUUAGCAUUAUUUUCUGUUGAUGUUUAAUGAAGACUGAAUUCAGAAAGUCUCUCUUUCCCGUCUACAACACAUCGACUGAGAAAGUUAAGGGCAUCGCUGUGGGGACUUGGCCAGGCCACUGAGAGGUUCUUUCCUUCGCUGGUGAUAAAGGUCCAGAGUCAUGCAAUCAACGCUAAUGAUUUUUCUAAAGUUUGUUAGCAGGUGAAAAAUAAAAGCAGCUCUGUGGUCAGGGGCUCUAGAUUUAGGUUACGCGUAGUCAGUUUCAGAAUAACUACAAGAGUGAAAUAGACACAUAUGGCGCACAUGUCCUUUUAUUUGCCCCCUGUGAUCCACCUGCUUUUUAGAAGUUUCCUAGUGAGAAGGCCGCAGUAUCUCAUGCUGUUCCCAUGACAGAACUGCAGCUUUUCUACUCUGAAAAGGUCUGCGGGCAGAAUGGCUGGCCUGCUGGGAGCAGGAGACCAUGUUCUAAGAAGGAUAGAUACUAUAUACUACAGUUUUCAUGGGCAGGAAGCCUCUCCCUGACCCCAGCAGCACAGGGGUAAUGAGCGUGCGCUUUAUCAGGUCCAGCCUCAUUGCCGAGAGGGUAGCCUGGGAGCUACAGAAUCCUGCGUCCCUGCCUUCGUCCUGUCACGGACACCUGUUUUGCUCGCUUGGCCAUUGCAGUGACCUUUGUCCGCUUUGCUCAGCCUGUGCCAGGUAGGAUCCCUGUCCUGCAGACAGGUUCGGCUGCCCUCGACCCAGCCCACCUCACACUUUCCUCGGGAGGGGGGCGACAGAGCCAGGCCUGGAGCAUUUCGCUUGAAAGCACGAUCAGCUCUAACCGUGAAGGCAUGCUCAGAGACGCCAUGGCUGGAUUGGAAACUUACAGACGUUUGAAAAAAUUCUUUUUUUUUUUUUUUUUUGAAAUAGUUACUUAAGUUUUGCAGUUCAGCUUUAAGGAUUUCUAGAUUUUUUUACUAGUCCGACAUGUUUGGAAACAUUGUUUUGCGUCCUGUGUAACUGAGGCAUUAAUCUUAAUAAACCAGGAUCCACUUAGGCACCACUUGAUAUAAAAGGAUUAUCCAUGAUGAAUAUUUUAUACUGUAUCUUUUACAUUAGCCACUAAAUAUGUUAUUACUUGAUACAGACAUUUCACAGGGUCCUAUGGAUUACAGCAUUGAACUUGGCUACUCCAUACCCCUGCCUCAGAGAGGGGCAGUUUCUCUGAAGCAUACACAGGCUGCUUGUUCUCAAACAUGUGCUUUCCAAAGACACAUUUGAGUGGGGAGAGCAACGGGCCUUUGGUGUGGGGGGGUCUGAAUAUUCCCUGGAUUCCCAUUUGCUUGCUCACUGCUAAAUGACAGGUCCUGUCACUACUUAGAUUUUGAUCUCUCCCAAAGUUGUUGAUUUACAAAGAGGCCAGCUAAUUGCAGAAACCUUGAACCCUGAAAGGAAAAGGAAAUUCACACAGAGGGUGGACCAGAGGUGAUCAGUACCCCAAGCAUUCUUAAAUAUCAGCCUUUCGGUGCAAGUUUGUUUUUUGUUUUUUUUUUAAACCCUUAAGAUCUUAUUCCAUGGAACCAGAAAAAGGCAAUGAAUUGUUUAAGAACUAUUUUCUACGUUUCCCAAACCCAAAAGGAAAAAAAAAGAAGAAUAUUUGUAUUCAACAGCUAGAAGACUUGCAGGGUAGAUUUUUGUUUUAAAAUGGAGAGAAGUGGACAGAUAAGGCAAUUUAAUAUAUCAAAGAGCAGUUGACAUCUCCUAGGGAACGAUGAAAACAGCAGGCUAUUAGAAAAUUGUUUCAUAUGGUUCUUGUGUUCCUCGCUUUUCAUUUUUCUUUAAUCCCCGAAGACCACAGUCAGUGACAUAUCUUCUCAUUUCUAUCCUCUAGACCACCCUCUUUCAUCCUUUGCUUUUUUAUGUCCCCUACAAGACAUCUUUUUACAGCUUCCUAAUGACACGUAUCAUGUAUUUUUUUCAGCAUUAGAAAACGACAGGCAGCAUUUUUGCUGAAAUCAAGUCCAUUGCCCCCCAACCGGGACCUGGUGUCUCAGUGCCAGGCAGGUGCCGUUCGGAAAGGGUGCGCGCUGGGCGUGCGGACACCCAGCCCUGCAGAGCCAACUCCUGCCUCCAGGGAAUGGGGCCCCAGUUUCCCAAAUCUUCUGAUUCUUUAAGAGAAACUGGAAACCUGGAUUUUUUUUUUUUUUUUUUAAUGUGAAAUGUCCCUAUUUUUAAAAAGUUGGCUCGGUUAUUUUUAAAACAUUAUGUAGGCCAACAAAACAUGUCUGUGGGCUGCCAGGUUGUUACUUUUGUCUUAAAGCAACAUCAUUGUUCUCUGUUUCCUACUAUCUUCCCUUUGCAAACGCACUUCCCAGCAUGGCCAUUGAGAGCUUUUUCUCUGUGGAGUUUGGUGCCCGAGGGAUCUGCAGCGUGUCCCUUCCCAUCGGGGCUCUCCUGUGACUUCUGCUAGCUGGGGCCUUGGCUCCGUCACCCUCAGUCACUGUUUUCCCUCCGUCCCCAAUGGGCCCCACUUCUGAGUGGCGGGAGACCACCUAGCAAGUCCUUCCUCCUGUUUUGUCUGACAUGGGCCUUCCUUUCAUCAGGGUCCCUGUCGUCUGGCCCACUUGGAUGGGGUUUGAUGGGAGCGCACACAGCCCCGUUCAUGGGUCCUUGAUGUACUGGUGUGGCCACUGGUAAAUGGGAAAUAGGCCUGCCACCUCAAGAGGUGUGGUUCAGGCCCUGUGUCUUGAAUGGGGUCCCACUGAGACCCUCCGAG